UUCUCUAAAACCCUCAAAGAAUAUACGCACCGGUCAACAAUAUUAAUCCGUUUGAGGGUGUUUAAUUCGCUCUUGUUAUAGUGUUACAUGUUAGCUAGUGUUAGCAUCAAAGAUGGAGGGUGUAGAACGUUGCUCUUCUAUUAUCGCGUUGUUUCACCACUAUGACCGUAGAGAUAAUAGUUUGUACCCGACAGGAUGGAUAUGACCACGUAUUUGAAGUCUCUGAUGCUGGCUAUGCGGCAGUACAGAGACGGCAGGACGGCGCAGAACGCGACGCAGCUCCAGAAGCUGGUGAAGGAGGUGUCGGGCCUUAAAUGUGACCAGCUGCUGUCCUCGGGUCAGGUGAUGCCCCGUGAGUGUGUGAGGGGCCUGGUGGAGCUGGCUGGAAACCCCGACACCAGCCCCACCCUGACGAGCUCCGUCAUCUCCCUGCUGGCUCAGCUCGCCUGUGAUGACGACAGUCUGGAGAUUCUCAACAGCAGGUACAACCUGACCAGCACGCUGGCGUCCGUCGUCCACUGCCGCCGCGCCUCGCCCGAGGAGCCCCUGGUGCUCCAGUGUUUGCAGCUGCUGCAGAAACUCACUUACAACACUCGCGUCUUCCAGUCUGCAAACUACAUCCAUGAGCUGGUGGCUUUCCUCAUGACCAACAUCCAGUCCCACAGAGAUGACAUCAUCGUGCCGUGCCUCGGCCUCAUGGUCAACUUGUGUCGAGACAACCGCUGUGUGCAGCGCCACAUCAAGUCUCUGGACAACGUGAAGACCUUCUACAGAACUCUGCUCGACUUCCUGGAUCACAACAGCCUGACGGUGGUGGUGUUCACGCUGUCCAUCCUGGCCAGCCUCACUCUCAAUGAGAAGGUUGGGGAGAAGCUCUUUGACGCCACAAACAUCAUCCAGACUUUCCAGCUCGUCUUCAACAUCAUCGUCAACGGCGACGGGACGCUGACCCUCAAGUACUCCGUCGACCUCUUGGUCGACUUGUUGAAGAACGCCAAGAUAGCAGAAUACCUCACCAGGUAUCAGCACUUCUCAGCCUGCGUGUCUAAAGUUUUGGGAGUUCUUCAAUCAAAAGACCCGGACUCUGCAGCCAAGGUGCUGGAGCUGCUGCUCGCCAUGUGCAGCGUUGGGGGGCUGCGCCCCCUGCUGUGCCACGUGGUUUUCAGACCGCUGGCGGCCCCCAAACUGGGAGCGACGGGGCCCGGCCAGCUGGGGGGGGCCUCGCCAGGCCUCGCCCUGGUGCUGUGGCUGAGCUCGCCGGUGGAGGGCGCCGAGGCCUGCUCGCUGCAGGUGCUGCAGCUGCUGAACGAGCUGCUGGAGGAGGCGUUGGAGGCGGACUCCGUGUCUGAGUGUGUGCUGAGAUUCGUGGGGGGGCUGCUCCCCCCCCUGCUGGGGUUACUGAGUGGCCUCGACCCCUCCCUGGGAGACGCCCACCUGCGGAAACACUGCCACCGCGUCACACACGUCACCAGCCUGCUGCUCGCUUUGUGCGCGGAGGACUCCACCAGGUCCCUGGUGUCCCGUCAGGUGAGCGCUCAGUUCGCCCUCUCGCAGGUCGAAGCCCUCCUCUCCUGUUGCCACGGCAACAGCCCCCUGGCCUGCAGCCCCGGCGACGACCUCAGCCAGGUGUGUGCAGACGCCCUGCUGAAGACUCUGGAGUUGAUGAGUAAACUGAGACAACAGGUGGAGGACAUGGAGACCAGCUUCUACAGGAUGUUACAGGACCAGAGGAUGGUGACCCCGCUGUCUCUGGCGCUGACGUCCCACCACAGAGAGCGCGUGCAGAGCGGCCUGUCGCUGCUGUUUGAGGCCACGCUCAUCCCAGACUUCCCCUCUCUGCUCCUGGGGGAAAGCAUGGCCGCCAACAACGCCUUCCACAUGAGGGAGGCCGAGCUGUCCGUCAAACGUGUCGCCGUGCAGGAAGUCCCGCCCUCCAGCACACUGGACUGCUCCAGUAGGAGCAUCCACAGCCUGGUGGACAGGAUCCAGAACGGCUUAGAGCUGCAGGAGAACCUGAAGGACUCCCACGUGUCUCAGAUCAUCGACGUCUACGAGCAGAAGCUCUCUGCGUUUGCGUCGAAGGAGAGCUGCCUGCAGGACCUUCUGGAGGCGAAGGCGCUGGCCCUCUCUCAGGCUGACCGCCUCAUCGCUCAGUACCUCCUCGAACGAGCUCAGGCUGAAGCUGAGGCCUGUGAGCUGGGCAGCCUGCUGAAGGAGGCGGAGCGGCGCUGCGAGGACCUGCAGGGCGAGCUGGCCAACCAGGCGCUGGAGGCGGAGCUCUCCAAGGCCGACAUCAAGGAGCUGCUGCAGCACAACGCCAGGCUGCAGCAGGACUCGGAGAGUCACCAGGUCCUCAAGGGAGGGUACAACGCCCUGCUCAACAGGUUCAACGAGAGCGAGCGGCUGCUGAAGGAGCUGCAGGCCGCUCACGUCUCGCUCACCAAGCAGAGCGACGCGCUGAGGAGGAACCACCAAGCGCUGCAGGAGCAGCACCACAAGACGGCCUCAGGGCUGCAGGAGAAGGAGGAGGAGGUCCGGGGCCUCCGCUCGGAUCUCCAGCAGAGGGACAGCGACAUCGCAGGUCUGCGCGCUGACCUCGGGGCCCAGGAGGAGAAGCUGCAGGAGAAGGACAGAGAGAAGCGAGAUCUGGAGGAGACGGUGGAUGUUCUGAGGAAGGAGCUGAACAAGACGGAGCAGGCCAGGAAGGAGGCCAGCAUCAAGGCGUCGUCCCUGGAGAUGAAGAAGAGCCAGCUGGAGGCGCGUCUCAAGCAGAAGGAGGACGAGCUGAGCAAACACUCGUCCAUGAUCGCCAUGAUCCACAGCCUGAGCGCCGAGGCCAAGAGCGACGUCAACCUGUCGCUGUGACCUUCAGCGCCGCGUGUGUGUGCGUGUGUGUGUGUGUGUGUGUGUGUGAUUGGAUAGUGAGUCUGUGAUGUCACUAUUACAGAACAGUGUGAAACGUUUAGCAGGACAAAUGGAACAAACAGGAUUGAUGUGUUUUUCUACGGCAGCCCAAAAGGGACAAAUGUUGUUUGUGUUUUUACUUGUAUGUUAAACUUGUUUAAGUUGGUAUAACCAACAAAAGGCUUCACUAAACUAUUAAAGAUGACUUUACUGGUGA